AUUCAACCAUCAUAAAAUUAGUGACGUGGGGAGACGAACGUUCUGGUUGGCGUGCUUCAACAAUAAUCGCGAUAUACAAAAAUUAUACGAAAACGGUUUGAAUGAAAUAAACUUCAUGUGAGUCAGACGCCGAUUACCAAUCAGCAUGUACGCGCGUCAUACUCUCUCGUGAAAUGGUUAUAAAGUUUUUUUUUAUUUCUUAUUGUUCUGUUGUUUUCAUUACAAAACGUUUUUGUUGAAUAAGGAAGUCCUUUAUUGUUGGUUAAUGGUUUAAAUAAAAAAAAUUGUUUGUUUGAAUAGCCAAAAGGAAAUUUGUUUCUUGUGAUUAAGUUGAGGACUGGUUUGAUAAAAAUUGUCUGAAUUUCUGAAGCGCUACGAAAUUAGUUUGGUGUCAAGACAGUUUAGAAGAAUUAUCAUGAUGUGAGAGAAUUUGUGUGCGGAAAAAAGUGCCUUGAAUAAAUAGAAGAAAAAAAAAAUUGUUAAAAAUAUUUCACUCAUUGAAAUGCAUAUCUUUGUUAUAUUAGUUCACAAGUGAUGUUAACAUUUUGUUCCAAAAAGAAGAAUUUUAUUACUGAAGAAGUGAAUCAUCUAAUUGAAUGAAUAUAAUGAUUGUACAAAUCAUUGGAACUGGAUAUACGUUAAUAAACAUCAGCUAAUUCAGCAGAAAUUGUACGUGGAAUAAUUAACAUCAAUAACGUUGCAUGAUUAGGAACGAAUUGUGCACUUUGGGAUCUAGACCAGGAAUGGAGUGUAUGCCUCUACGAUCACCACCAGGACCAUAUCAUUAUCACGUGACUGACCAAACCAAAUCAUUACAGGAACUACAGAAUGAAGUCGGCGCCUUAUUGGAGUUUCGAGAUUUGGUCAUCGAAACGUUUCCGGAUCUUAAACAUAAAAUGGCAUCAAUUUCAGCAUCAAACACAAUCACUGGAAUUCCGUCAUCAUCACUGGCAUCAAGACGAGAUUGGGAGCCAGGAAUACGAGUUCGACGUAAACUAACACAAAAAGAAAACGGUGAAAUAUCCUCGUCAUUGACUAGAAGUAGAAGCAAUUCACAUAGUGGUAAAAAGGAACCAAAGAGUGGUGAAGGUAAUGGCAGCGUUGUACAAGAUUCCGGAUUUUCCACCGAAACUAGUUCGUCCAAAGACACAUCAUCAACGACUGGCGCGAUGACUGGACCCAUUGGAAUUAUUCAACAUCCAGCUCAUCGGGCACCGAUUGAGGCCGAAGAUGAACUAUGGAAUCUAUUAGAUGUAAUACAUAGAAAAAGUACGAGACUUAGAGAGGAGGUGGAUCAUUUACAGAAGUUGGAACGGGAGAAAUUUAGAAAUAGUGGAAAUAGUACCGGUAUGUCGGCAAUGUUUCACAGUCAAUUGGAUAGGCUAAGUAAAGACGAUGUACAUGUGUUGCGUUCGGAACGUGAUCGUCUUUUGAACAAAUUGUCCGAAAUGGAAGCUGAAACGCGUGCAGGACGUUUAAAGGUCGAUAUGAUGCACGACGAAUUGGAGGCAUUACAUUCAGUCAAACGCGAUUUAGAAGAACAAUUAAAAUUAGCUUUAAGUCAAAAGAUAGACAUCAAUUCUAGAAUACAUGACAUGCAUCAGCAAUUUGUCAGCAAGAGCAUACCAAGUUCACCAGAGUCGACAAAACCUCGCCUUCUUAUGCCCUCCAGCGUACGUAAAUUAUCGACGGAUUCAACCACACCUACACCAAUAUUAACAACAACAGCAACAACAACAACAUCGACUGCUACUACUCAUCAUCCGAACAAUGUACAAGGUACUUCAACACACCAGCUAAUUUCAAGUCGUUUAUCCAGUGCAACAACAUUCACACCAAUUAAAUUAACGUCGGACAACUAUGAUAUGUUUGCCGAUGCGAAACAUUUAAAAAAUGAAUUGAAUUUGGGUCGAUUGGAUGGAUUGGUUAGUUCGCCGAAUCGAAGUUGUAGGGUACGAAUGACCGACUCGAAGAAAAUUGCUGCCAUAUUAUUAGAAACAAAUACGGUUGAACUGCAACGGCAUUUGUUGACAUUGACGGUGCAAAAUCAGGUACUAACUCAGCGCUUAGAACAAGCUACAAAGUCCAAAAUUUACUUAAUCAAAAAAUUGGAUAAAGCGAAAGAAGACAUAGACGAUUUACGGUUUCAGCUUGAAGAACGUAACAUUGAAUUGGAAGGAACAAAAGCCCAAAUGCGGGUACUAGAAUCGAAACAUCAACACAAGUCUGACUAUUGUUCGUCCUCGCGUGACUCUACUCAAUUAAUUCAGUCCCAAGUGUCAACGCCCAGUAUGAAAGCAAUGAUUCCACUCAUCAUGGAUGAACAACACCACUAUCAUAACAGCAGUAGCACCGAAUCGGCGCAAGAUCAAACCGAAUGUGAACAUCGGAAUCCUGAAACGCCGCGUAAAAGGCCUCCCAGCAAGAUACCAUUGCCCGGAACAAAAGGCUAUUUAGCACCGAAACCGCCAACCGGUCGAAAUUCCAUAACGACCCGGAAUAGUCCGUCGGGUCCACCGUCAAAUAGAAGUUUAAGCAAAAGCACUGGUAGUUUAGUCGGCCGUACUGGUCCAAGUUCUGUAACGAAAAAAGACGACUUUACAAGCAUCACCAAUCGACCGGAGUCAGCUCAAAGCAUACGAAAAGAUUCGUCCCUAAGCAAUAGCGGUCGCAGUUCAUCCAUUCCAAUUUCAUCAAAAACGGCCACACCGAUUCGAUCAAACAAUUCGCCCAUACCAAAGCCGAAACGUGAUUCGUUGUCGCAGCGAACGAAAAACAUGGACUCAUUGUCGCGCAUCCAAAUAUCGGCCACAUCGACGCCAACCAAUUCGUCAAGUAAUUUAUACAAAACAAAUUCCAAAAAAGAUUUGAGUUCCAGUUUUAGUACCGGACAAAGUCGUGAUAAAAAGUCAGUGACUACGCCGACCAGACGAUUGAGUAGCACAUCGGUGGGCCGGGGUGUUGUCGAAACGGCGACUAUCGUCGAACAGGACACAGGAAAGACACCAUUCGCCACUAACGACAUCCCAACAAAAUUAUCACCUUUGCUGCCGCAGCAAUCAACAAACGAAAAUCGAAAUCUAAUCCGUGAAUACUUUACCCGGACUCGACUGCCGCCAGCAAUAUUCAAGCCUUCCUAUACUCCAUUCACUCCACCGCCACAAUUAGACAUUGCCUACACACAUCCUGCUCGUUUGUUAACCAAUUCAACCGUUGCUCAACCAGAAAGUAUUUACAUAGAAACGAAUCGUGAAAUCGAAAUUAAAUACGUGGAUGACAAUUCCAUUGAACUGUUGGAUGCUGGCUGUGAAAAAUCGUGUCAACGAAAAGCAUCACCGCAUGCGAACAAUGAUAGUCCUAGUAGUAGUAGUAGUAAUAAUGGCAAAGAGAAGCCAAUUGCCUUUCAAUCGUUUGUCGUUGAUGCGCCAACAGGUGCAGUGAAUUUGUGUAAAUUAAUCGGCAAGGUCAGUCCGAAUCUGGUGAAGACCUGGGAACAAUUGAAUGAUGUGACCGGGAACGCCAAACCGAAUUAUCUUCGUUCGACAUCGAAUGAAAGCGAGAAAAUCCUCUAUCCGGAGCCCACCGACGUGGCGGCGGGCAAGCAAUAUCAGGUCAAUCAUGUCGUCCACUCCGGUUCGUCGGAAGAUUUUUUCGACAGCAUUGAUGGCAAAAUGAAUUCGGACAUAGAAUGUUUAGUUUCGUUGUGUUGUGAUAAUAUCGACGAUGGUUAUGCGGCCGGCGAAGUAAUGGCCGAAUUCGAGUCAUUGGACCGGCGAAAAAUUUGUUGGUCAAUCGAAAGUAGUCGGGUUGUUAGCGGUAAAAAUUGAGAGGGGAUCUUAGCUCGACAAGCAGAUGUCUUAGCUCCGUUCGUAAAUGAGGCACACGAUAGCCACCGUAAGGUUUAAUCUGUCUCGUCGAAGGUGUGCAAUUCAAAACUCUCUAAGAUUUUUAGAGCUCUUGAAUUUUGAGCAACAGAUGAUCAAAACGAAAGAAUAAGUUGUUGAACAUCAGAUCUAUUGCCAAAAAACAUAUUCCCAAACGAAUUAGUGAAAUUAUAAUCGUUGAGUUUUAGUAUGAUGAAAAUCGGUUCAGCCAAACCAAAAAUAUCAAUUGUCUUACCAUUUCAAGGCUGCUCAGCUGUCUUUCAGACAUUACUUUUUUAUCAUUGCAAAUUCUAGCAUCCUUAUUCUCUGUUGUACAGUAGCAACAAAAUCCAAAAUAUCGAUGCUCUACAAAUGUCUGUUCAAUGGACAGUUGAAAUAAAUCGUUAGAAAUUGCAUGAUCAAUGUAAACGAAGUGAAACCGACCCUUACCGUUCAUUUGGUGAUAUCAUUUGUUUGUGUCUAUAAAAUCAUUUUAUAUCUUUCGGAUCCUUCAAUUAGAUACAAUUGCAGUUGACCGAGAUAAAAGUUUGUCUUAAGAAAUCUCAAUAAAAAUCAGAAAAAUUGACUCCAUCGAACAGCAACAUGUACCAAAAUAGCAAACAACAAUGGGAAGACUGUAUAUUCUCCCUUGUUGACACUUUUGUCAACAAUUAUAACGUUGAUUGCAUCGAUACUUUUGCUGAUUUAAACAUUGGGAGCAGAAUGAAGAAAUCAAAGCCACAUCUACUGCACAAGGAAAUAUUAUAGCUGCAGCUACAGAGACUUUGAUUGAGAUGGGAUCAGUUGCUUCCUUUUCGUUCGGAAAUGAAUCCCUGAGGAGGUCUACGGUUAAUCGAAAAAAGAAUUCUCUUAUGAUCGAGUGAGAAGUUAUUUUUUUAAAUUUGCGUUGCUAUACCAAGGACUUUAAUCACUUUUGCUCAUUUUAUUAAUUCAAUUAAAAGACUCAAACGAUAUGGUUGCUUAAAUGUUUCGAAAGAAAAUGUUAUCCGACGACUCUAAUGAUCCAUUUUUGAUUCAUGUUUCUCGUCCAAUUCAUUUUUAAAAGUAAAAAAUUCCAAAAAUUAUCACAUUUGAAUUUGUAUAUUUAAACAAAACAAUCUACUAAGCAAAAUAAAAAUAUUUCCAAUUUAAAAGAAAAA